AUGACAGAGACAGCCCCGUGUUGUUUUGUACUCCGCGCUGACGGCCACGUACACGCAAGUGAUGUUCGUCACGUCUCAUCUAACGCUGGCCGCAUCGCCACCGCCUCACGCGAUCACACCGCAACAGUCCGCAGUGCCGUACCGCAUGGUGAUGAUGUUCCCGCCGGCUGUACACUUGUCGGCCACACCGCAUUCGUUAACUUUGCAUUAUUGUACGCCGCCGCCCCGCUACUGGAGGGAAACACAGCAGUUGUUACUGGCUCGAAUGAUGGACACAUCGCACUGUGGGAUGCAGAGACCGGCAAACUAGAAGCGGUACUCAGCAGUCACACACAAGGUGUUUGUUGUGGCACCAUCACUGCUAGUAAAGGUAACAAUAUGGAUAGUACAAGCAAUAAUAAUAAUAAUAAUAAUAAUAGUAAUGAUGCUAUUGUUACAGGCGAUUGGGGUGGUGUCUGUCUGGUGUUUGACGGUACGACUGGUCGUGUACGCCAGAGUUACACCGCACAUAAAACAGCAGUGCGGGGUAUUACCGCGUUGCCGGGAACCACAAAUAUUGUAAGUGUAUCAGGUGACACUACUGUACACCGCUGGGAUGUAGAAACAGGUAAAACUCUCGCUAUCUACACUGCACAUAAAGAUGCUGUACAGUGUGUUUGUGCUUUGAGUUCCACACGAUUUGCCUCUGCUGGAAAUGAUGCAACCAUCAUGGUGUGGGAUACGGCGAUGGGAACCACACCGAUGUGUGUACUUGCAGCUCAUGACAGUUCUAUUUACGGUCUCUGCUAUUGUACAGAACGGCGACUGCUCUUUUCCGCUGCGGAGGAUCACACAGUGAAGGUGUGGUGUGGUGGUGUGGUGGAUAUUAGCACAUCACCGCAGUCUCUUGCCAACACAGAUGCCGCUGCAGCCGCUGUUGUGCAAAGCAUUAGUCAUCCAUGUGUGGUUUGGUCUGUAUGUCUCACAGAAACAGGAGAUAUUGUUACGGGUGGUUCUGAUGGUAUUCUCCGUAUUUGGACUACAAAUGAAGAUCAUAUGGCGUCUGUAGAGAAGCUGCAAGCACUUGAAGAGGCUAUUGCAGCUCAAAAAUUUGAUGUAAAGGUUGUUGGUUUACCUCCUAAUAUGGAUACGUCAUCCCUGCCGUGGGUAGACGAGUUACCACAACGCAAAGGUACCGUGGAAGGAGAACGACUGCUUGUACGUAGUGAUGCUGGGUCUAUUGAAGUCUACACAUGGAACUCUGGCCGCUGGGAUAAACUAGGAACUGUUGUUUCUGGACCGGAUGGGACAAACUACACAGGUGCAGGUCAGUCCAAACCAAAGGUUUAUCAUAAUGGUGUACCACACGAUUAUGUCUUUGAUGUUGAUGUGAAUGGAAAAAUGCUUAAACUUACUUACGAUAAGGGACAAAGUGUCUUUGAUGCCGCGCAGAAUUUUAUUGAUUCCAACAGUCAUGUAGUUUCUCAAACCCAUAAAGAAGAGAUUCAAAACUUUAUUUUAAAUAAUGUAGAUCCACAAGAUAUUCAAUCUGGGGAUGGGAAUCCCGCUUUGGCUUCUGCAGCCGCAGCCGGUGGGGCUCAAGACUCGGGUGAACCUCUUUUCUCGGAGUUCGCACGGGAGGCUGCGGCGAUGCGGCAGGCGGGCAGCACACAUACACCCAGUUGGAGUGAAGCCCUGCGCAACUUGGAGAGUGCGGGCGUCCCAACAGAUGCCGUUGCCUUCUCAGGAUACGCACGAGAGCAGAUGGAACUGGAGAAACAAAGAGCAGCAGCAGCAGCGAAUCCUGCAGUGGGAUCAUCAGAGAAUGAGCAGCCUAAUAUUGCUGUUUGGGAUGGUUUUAGGUUUUUUACUACUUUUAACGCGAACGGGGCACAGACAAAAAUAAAUGAAUUGACUGGAGAUGCACAGUUUAAUAAACUAGUAGAAGAAGUACUAACGGCGGCAAAAAGUGAACCAAACGUUGCUAUUAUGAAUGCUAUUAUUGCAUUAUAUCACAAACUCCCAGAGUCUUCUCGUUUUCCCGCUAUAGAUCUUCUUAGCUAUUUGUUAGCUAUUGCCUCCCAUCCAUUUGAGUGGGUGAUGCUUCUAUUAGGGAAUGGGGAUAGUCAAAGUACAGCACGUGAGUUUAUGCAAGAACGUGUGGCCAACAUUCGUACAGCUCCAGACGCGGAAACUCUCGUCACACUACGUCUCUUUGCUCACAUGGUAGCCGCAUUGGGUAAAGCCCCCACCACAGCCAUUCUCACAUUUGAUCAACGUGAACUACUGUUGACAGCUCUCACAAAGGCACCACAACCAUUCUUAAGAACGACGAAAAAGAAUAUUAAAACGGGUAUUAGUGCGGUUGUGCGAAACACGGCAGUUUGUCUCUCACGUCAUUCGGCGGUUUUAGGUGAUGAUGGGGCGAGUGAGUUUACAUCUGCGCUUGUGCGUCUUGUGGCGCAGUGGCUUAUUUUUGAACCCAGCGACUCUCCAUAUACACGAGAUCUCGUUUCUACAAUACUGACGCUUGUGCAGACCAAUAAUAAUAGUAGUAGUAGUAGUAGUAGUGAUUCGAGUAGUGUAAACACGAUAACGGCUGUAGCGGUGGAAGUGGGCCGUAGUACACUAGCACACACAAUGCGGGUAUUAAAGGAGUGUGCAGAGCCGCAAUGCCGAGAGGCGGCAACCAAUAUUUUAAAUAUAUUCAAUGAGGCAGAAUCUCAUUAA